CUUCACCUCGUUGUUAAUUAUGUUGCCGAUAAAAUCAUGUUUGCAGGCUAGUCAGCGCGUGCUGUUAGCUAACCUUACUAGCAGUUAGCCAAGAAGCUAACGUGUGGUAAAACAGCAGCGUGCUCAGCGGUCAGAAGCGCCUUACAGUGACGCCAGUGUAUAGUUUGUGAAUCAGCUCGCUGGCUCAGCUAACGCAGGCACGUUUCAGGUCACUGUUUGUCAGUUGGCUGAAGUGUCAGUGUUACGGCGUUCAGAUGGUUUAUUAUUGUCGACACUGUUUAAAUGAAAUGUGUGUUUUGGUGACGGAGUCUUCAGGGGAAAGUCGCUAAUAAUGCAAGCUGAAGCGCGAGGAGUUGGUAGAAGUCGCCGGAUGAUGUCACAGGCUCAUUUGCAUAUUCAUUAAACCCCAGGAUGAACUUCUGAUGUGUAUUAGAUUGGUUGAUUAUGAUAGCUGAUGUUUGCUGUCAAAAUUGUCUUCUGAUAUCAGAAUAUUACAUUUCUCCACAGUGCUCCACUUUGCAGACGCGCUCAUGUAGAAUUUACUUUGUUUUGUAGGACGUUGAACGUGCGCCUGGCAGCAGCAUGUCGUACGUGUUCGCCAGUGACUCUCUGCAGGCCACACUGCCGCUGCUGCAGGCCUGCAUUGAUGGAGAUGUGGUCUAUACUAAGCGCCUGCUGGAGACCGGCUUCGACCCGAACACGCGUGACUGUCGGGGACGCUCAGGGAUGCACCUGGCUGCAGCACGCGGGAACGUGGAGAUCUGUCGCCUGCUACAUAAGUUUGGUGCAGACCUGCUGGCCACUGACGCUCAGGGUAACACCGCACUGCACAUGUGUGGCCACGUGGACACCAUCCAGUUCCUCGUGUCCAAUGGACUCAAGAUCGAUAUCUGUAACCAUAACGGAGCCACUCCUCUGGUCCUGGCAAAGCGGCGCGGUGUGAACAGAGACGCUCUUCGUCUGCUCGAGGGACUGGAAGAGCAGGAGAUGAAGGGCUUCAACCGCAGCUUUCACUCCAGCCUGGAGAAGAUGCACAUCGCAGAUAAUGAGAGUGCCAUGGAGAGUCAUUCACUCCUCAACCCUCAGCUCCACCGCAGCGAGGGCGUGUUCUCCAGCUUUCAGACCACGUGGCAGGAGUUUGUAGAGGAUCUCGGCUUCUGGAGGGUUCUGUUGCUCCUGCUCUUCAUCGCACUGCUCUCGCUGGCCAUCGCUUACUACGUCAGCGGAGUUUUACCUUUUAGUUCAAAUCAGCUGGAACUUGUGCGUUAGGGAUGUGAUCCUGAGCGAUGGUGAACUGGUGGAGGCGGCGGGGGGGAGUGGAGGUGACUGAAAGGUGAAACAUUUGUGCUUCUGAAACUCUUAUCAUGUAAAUGAUGUUAUAAUUCAGUUUUACAGAACCAGUCAGAAGUCUGGAAACAUACACACUAAUUAUGAAGUGUCCAAACUCUGACUGUUUGUGGAAAAAGUCAAAACAGUUUAGAUGCCUUUUGAUCAGACACGCCUUCAUGUAUGAUCAGGCACAAAGGUUUUUUUAUUUUUUUAAAUUGGUCCUGAACAUUUAAAACCUAACUCUUCACAUUGUGUAGAAUUCUGACUAAAACUGACUGUUAACUCUUAAUGCACACAUGGAGUGAGUUCCAUUCAUCAAAUUCCAAAACCUGAUUCUCACAGAUCCAACGGUUAAAAAUCCAACGACACAACGAGACUCUGUUAGUGAUGAACUGUUUACUGUACGCUCACUACGUUUUCAAUUUUUCUCUAAAUCUAAUGGAACUCCGAUCAUUAUCAAACUCUUCCUGAGGGUAAAGGGUGUGUGAGUGAGUGAGAGAGAUGUACAAAACUGAAUUUCAGAACUCUGAGUGGUACUGAUCCACAUAGCUAUCUUCUUUAGCCUUUGAUUAUUUAUAUUAAGAGCAUUAACUGAAGAACGCUGCUGAGUGAAAGUGAUUUAGUGAAUGGAAGGAACAUGGCUUUGUAUGUUAAUUGAUUUUUUUCCCUUUUUAAUUUCAUACUCAUUCCAGGAUUUUUUUAUUAUAAUUAUCAGCCUUUAUUGUGUAAGACAACACAAUCUUAAUCUUUGUUUCAGGUGUAAACUUGGUGUUUAUUGCUGAAAAGCUUCUGUGUGAGUUUCAGUGUUUAUUACAGACACAAAGCAACACGCGCGAACUCAUGGACAUUAGAGAUUAAAGAAAUUUCAGCUUUUCAGUCUGCAGCAUUAAUGAGAUGUUAAUGGAAAAAUAUGAAUGCUCUCAUUUCCUUAAAAUGAUCUAUGUGCUUUAUAUGUUUAUGGACGAAAGUAUUUAACCUUGAACGCAUGAUAAAGGCAGUAAAAGUGAGUAUCAGAGCUGUGGUAAUAAGAGCAUUAAUGGGCGUGUCUGUUGAGCAGCAUGGGCGUGUUCACUCUGCACUCUUCUCCCACGGUGACCAGGACGCAGUGGGAUUAUGGGAGACGUCCAGAUUUAUCUUUAACUUUUCAUUCAGAAUUACAGCUUAAUUGACUUAAAUUUGUUUUUGUAAUUUUAUUUUCAAGAGUUAAAAAAACAGAUUUUAUGUAAAUUAAACAUGUCUUGUGGCAGUA